UCAUAAUAGACAAGUACUUUUUAAAAGAAACCGUAUCAAUAAUUCAACAUGACAUCAAUCCUGUUCCUUUAAAUUAACAAAAAACGAUCAUCACGAUCACAAAAGCACAAAUUACACUCAAUCACCUUUUGUUGAUUUGUACAAACAAUCAUAUAAACAAUGUCUGCGCAUACGGCAGGUGGUGGUUCAGCAUCACAUGAUGCCGCCUAUUAUCAACGCGGUUCACAAGGCGGACAUUAUGCUAGACCCGAUUCUCAACAACAAUAUUACGCCUCACCAGCUUAUCCGACUAGACAACAAACGUAUCCUUCUCCCGGUUAUAGUCCUGAUCCUGCUUUCGUUCAACAAGCAAAUAUGGCCUCUUUCACUUCUCCAAUGAUGGCACCUCAACGUGUCAGAACAAAUACAGCAGAUGCAACUUCAUUUCAAAACUUAACACAUGACAGACGCGAUAGCGAAAAUAGCGAUAGAUAUUGGGAAAAUCCACCACCACCACCACCUCUCAAUGGAGGCGGAGGAGGAGGAAUGUAUCAACAAUCCAACGUUUCAGCUCCUCAUGUUGAUGGUCCAGGUGCAAUGAAUAGUAGAGGUCCACCCUUGGCCGACGAUUUUGGAUUCGACAAGCUAUCUAUUGCUGGUCGCUCUAAGUCUCCUACUCCUUCAAUCGGAGCAGCUUCAGCCAGAGUUGGCGCAUUUGGUCAACGAGCAGCAGUUGAAAGAGCAAAUGCAGCCUACGCAAAUCAAGAGAUCUAUCAAAGUGCAGCCGAAGUACAUCCAGACAAUAGCUUACGUGCAAUCGCUGAUGAAGUUGAUCAAACGGCAGCAGAUAUCAAGCAAGGAACUCUUCAAGGUCCACCACAGCAACAACAACAAAGUGGCGCAGACGGAUCUUCGAUGGGCUACAACGAUGGAAGCAUAUCAGCAAUGGCACAUGCUACAAAUUUUGAUCCAAACUUACAUGCUUACAACGCAGGCGGUCAACAGAUGGGUGGAUAUGAUCCGAAUUUGUAUUCUCAAGGCUCUUCGCAUGGAGGAUGGUAUGGCAAUGAAGGAGGUCAGCAGCAAUACUAUGACGAAGGUCAAGGGCAGUACAGCAAUUUCGGAUCCGCUUAUCAUCAACAACAGCCAUCCUAUUUUGGCAAUCAGAUGGCCGGACCCUCGUCGCAAAUGUCUGGAUAUGAUGCGGCGGGUAAUCCGUACAUGGCAGCUGCUCAAGGCUUUGGCCUUGAUUAUCCCGGUGCGCCAUCACCCUACUCACCGUAUGGAAGUGGAGAGCCAGCAGGUCGAGCACCCAGCAUCAGCGGUAACAGUAUGAUGCCUUCGCUGGCAAGACAAGGUACGCAGUUGAGCAUGGCAAGUGCACAUUCAAGCACUUCCAAUAUCAAUGGAAGACGGAGAUCCAAAGAUACUACCUCAAAAGCACCUCAACAAACACUACCGUUCAACAAAGCAUUUGUGGAUGAAUACCGUCAACGAAUGAAGGGAGAUCCCGAUCCAGAAGCGCAAUUUGCUUAUUGUAGAUAUUUGAUCGAAGCAGCAAAGAAGGUUCAAGAUCCCAAAGACGGUCCAAAGCAGGCACGAAAGUACAGAGAUGCUUUGCUCAGUGAAAGUCUCAAGCUUGUCAAGAGGUUGGCUACAACCGGAACUGGCCUGGGCAAACCACCCUAUGCAGAAGCGCAAUUCUUCUUGGCAAAUUGCUUCGGUAAUGGUAGCCUAGGAUUGCAAGUCGAUCAUGAGAAAGCAUACAAUUUGUAUGUUCAAGCUUCCAAGCAAAAUCAUCCUGCUGCCACAUACCGCACAGCUGUGUGCAAUGAAGUCGGAGCAGGUACAAGACGUGAUCACCAUCGUGCCGUUUUAUUCUACCGCAAAGCGAGCGCCUUGGGUGAUACAGCGGGAAUGUAUAAAUUAGGAAUGAUUUUGCUCAACGGUUUGCUAGGACAGCCACGUAAUAUUCGAGAAGCAAUCGUUUGGCUUAAAAGAGCUGCCGGUCAAGCGGAUGAAGAUAAUCCACAUGCAUUGCACGAGCUUGGUCUGUUGUACGAGAAAUCGACCAAUAGCGUUGUACCUCAUGAUGAAGCCCAUGCAAGAGAAUUGUUCACCCAAGCAGCUCAAUUGGGAUAUGCACCAAGUCAAUUCAAGCUUGGAAGUGCGUACGAAUAUGGUACGUUGACAUGUCCUGUCGAUCCACGCAGAUCGAUUGCAUGGUAUACGAAAGCAGCAGGCAAGAAUGAUGGUGAGAGUGAAUUAGCUCUGAGCGGUUGGUAUCUGACCGGAAGCGAAGGUGUUUUGAAGCAGAGCGAUAGUGAAGCAUAUCUAUGGGCACGCAGGGCAGCAACAAAAGGUAUCCCGAAAGCUGAAUAUGCCGUUGGAUACUACUCUGAAGUGGGAAUCGGUGUUGACGCGAAUAUCGAAGAAGCAAAACGAUGGUAUAUGCGAGCUGCUGCUCAAGGCAAUAAACGUGCAAUGAUGCGUUUGACCGAACUUAAACAACAAAAAGAUGGAAGAGGAGGAAGGAAAGGAGCAAGACCGACACGAAAAGAUGCUGAAAAAGAAUGUGUGGUUAUGUGAAAAAAGCCUCGUCUCUCUCCCUAAAAAGGUUGCACAAAUUGCUGUGAGCGGCAAUCAUGUCUGAUCUCGUGCUACUUUUGGUGCUUAGCUGCAGUAUGUAUAUCCAAUAUCUCUCAUCUUCGUAUCCUUCAAUACAAAAAUUUUCAACACUGAAGAAGAUGAUAGGUAUGUUUUGUGCAUCCCUGUUAAUUUGCAUCCAGAUCUGGAGGUGGUGACUUAUUCAGAUCCGGCACGAUGGUCUUCUUUCGCCUCUUCAUUGAAGGUUUUCCAGGUUUUGUUGCUAUCAUGCUGGCUUUCUCGAUCUUUUUUCUUUCCCUAUGUCGAACGACUGAGGCAUAAUUCGUUUGUAAACUUUUUCGAUAACUUUCAAUUGCUUUCGGAUCAUUUUGUGAAACUAAAAAUUUGAUCUUUUUACGAUAAAGUUUUCUUCCUUUCCUUUCCCGUGCAUGAUGUUUAAUCAAUUGUUCGUUAU